AGAGAGUUCCUGAUGGAGCCAUGUUGGCCUCUGUGAUGAAGUGGGAAUUUUCUGUGAUAUAUGUUAUGAAUCCUAGGCCUGCCUCAGUCUCCCUCUGUAUGUCACAUUGAUCGGGUCAGCACUGCUCCUGGAACAGCACAGGAGACAGAAGAUGUGUGUGUCACCUCGCUGCCUGGCGGGGUGACUAUAGUCAUCAGAAAAGCUGGCUGAAACAGACCCAAACCAAAAGAAGGUGCAGCAAGACAAAGAGAUGAACAAUCGAGACCAAACAGCAGGAACCCCCAGCAGGUGGAACAGGGAACGGCUGGAGAAGAAGCUGUCAGUCCAAGGUGAAAGUUUCCCCCAUGAAAUCGGGGUCCCAGCCCCACCCCCACCUGCUGGUUUGCUCGGUGACGGGGUUUUACCCCGGGGGGAUCGAUAUCAAGUGGCUGAAGAACGGGCAGGAGCAGACGGCCGGGGUGGUGUCCACGGAGCUGCUCCAGAACGGAGACUGGACCUUCCAGAUCCUGGUGAUGCUGGAGAUGAGCCCCCGGCGCGGGGACGUCUACACCUGCCAGGUGGAGCACAUCAGCCUGCGGGACCCCCUUGCCGUGCACUGGGCCUCCCCUCCUGUCCCCCCAGCGUCUGUCACCUUCCGGGUGCUCCAAAUCAACGUCUUCCACAAUGCCAGCUCCACGGACAUGGAUAUGAGAGUCCUGCUGGGCGACCUGGAGACCCACUCCGUGAACUGCAGCACCUGCGAGAUCCGCUUCCUGCAGCCCUGGGCCCAGCAGGGUCUGACCCCGAAGGAGUGGCAGGACCUGGAGCUGCUGACCCAUUAUUACCUGUCUGACUUCAACCGGACUGUGAACACAAUAGCCCAGCACCACGGAGGGAGCUACCCCUUUGUUACCCAGGUCUCCCUUGGCUGCGAGCUACACCCUAACGGCACCUCGAGGGGAUUCUAUGAUAUCGGAGUGAACGGGGAGGACUUCAUCAGCUUUGAUGCGGUGGCAGGGAAAUGGGUCGCUCGGCAGGGGGACAAGCUGGCGCUCUACGUCCGGCAGCGUCUCAGUCGGAAUAAGGGCGCAGUCAUCACGCUUCAGUUUCUCCUGAGAACAACGUUUGUCAAUCUGAUCAAGAGCUUUGUCCAGUACGGGAACGAGUCUCUGGAGAGGCAAGAGCGGCCGGUCGCCGUGGUGUUUGCCCGAGCGCCUCCCCCAGCCGGGACCCUGGCGCCGGUACUGCUGGUUUGCCGGGUCACCGGUUUCUACCCCCGGCCCGUCCGCGUGGCCUGGCUGCAGGAUGGGGAGGAGGUGGGGCCGGGCGGGCGGCUGAACUCCAGCGGGAUCCUGCCCAACGCGGACCUGACCUACCAGCUGCGCAGCUCCCUGGCCGUGGGGUCGGGCGCCGGGCACAGCUACGCCUGCCGGGUGCAGCCCAGCAGCCUGGGGGGCCGGAGCCUGCUGAUCCCCUGGGAGCAGAGCAGGCCCUGGGGCCCCGGCCUGGCCGUGGGCAUCACCCUGGGGGUUGUGGCCGUAGCCGCUGUGGCCGUGGUGCUGUGGCGGAGCAGACGCAGGGGCUACCAGGACGUUGGACCAGGGCAGUCCAGGGUCUGAGGGGGCGGCACCGGCCCCAGCGUGGGGAUCGGCCCCUCUCCUGGGGACAUGGCACUCAGGGCUGGGUCUGUGCCCGGCUCCAGA